AACUAACUACUAUAGUCUUAGGCAUCAUAUUCAUAUCCAUCAAAUUCCCAAUUUUAGCUCCAUUCAAUUUCAUCCCCCAAACCGCCGCCGCAUCGCUAAAAUUCGCAGCAAUCCAUGUCUACCACCGCCGCACGCCUCCUCUUGAUCCUCUCUCUCGUCUCGGCCGCCGCCGCCACCGAUCCGCCCUCUGUCUACGACCUGCUCCAGUCCUACGGAUUCCCCGCCGGCCUCCUGCCCCAGGGCGUCACGAGCUACGAGCUCGACACCACCACUGGCAAAUUCUCGGUGUUCAUAGGCGGCAGCUGCAGCUACUCCGUCAACGGUUAUGAUCUCAAUUACAAGAGCACCAUUACUGGCACCAUCGCGAAGAAUAAGAUCACCGAUUUGAACGGGAUCCAGGUGAAAAUUCUGUUUUUCUGGAUCAACAUAAUCGAGGUGACCAGCAACGGCGAUGAAUUGCAGCUGUCCGUCGGAAUUGCGUCGGCUAGUUUCCCGGUGGAUAAUUUCUUCGAGUGCCCGCAGUGUGGCUGUGGAUUUGACUGUGUGAACUCCGGGAGGAGGGACGCCGGAUUUGGCUUGCUGAUGAGGAUUCUGCCGAUCGUUCAGUAUGGUUAGCGGCGGCGAUUUCAGGGGUUUUGCUAGGGCGAUCACCGGCUCAUUUGUUUUUGAUGAAUUUAGUUACUUGGUGAUGUUAACUUCCAGUUUCGAAUUCCAAAGAAUUAAACAAGCAAGCGCUUUAGGAUUCCCGAUAUCUCUCAUGAAAUGCCCCAAUGCAUUCGAUCUUACUGUUUGUUUUGGUUUGCGUUAUUCAUGUUUUCUUUUCUAAA